UUCUUGGAAAAUCUAUUAAGUUGCCACCAAUAUCACCUCAUUCCCCGCCAAGUUAGGUAGCACUUCCAAUCCCAACAACUUGAUUAAGCCUUUCUUUUGAAUAUGGCUAUGCAACUUAUGUCCUAGCUAGUAAGUGUUACAACCAUUUAUUUAUGGUUAGUCAAAAUAAAAAGUGCGCCCGUCUAGUCUAGAUAGUGUUGCCAUUUAGAAUUUGCUAACAAAACAUCGAUCGGGGUAUUGUUUAUCAUAUGUGAGUAGGUCUUGCUUGCGUUGGUUAAGUGCUUGGUUGAGAUAAGAAAUUGAAUGCCCACCUUAUGGAUGGACUACUUGCAUAAGUCUCAAGAGUGAAUUUCUUCUCGAAGUCUGGAAGUGCUAAUAUGGGAGCUUAGAUAAUGGCUUGCUAAAAGAGAAUCAAACGCUUGUUACAUAUGCGACAAAACAAGAAAACUAAUCUUUCUUUAACAAAUCAUCAGUCCAGGGCUUGCUUAUUGACCCAUAACCCUUGACAAACUUAUGGUAAUGACCUGUUAAUGUUGGAUCAAAAGAUCUCAAUCAGAUCAAGUCACGAGAUUGCUCUGGCAAAUUAGAGAGAUCAUAGACGAUUGAAGCUGCAAUCAAGGGGGAGCAGCCUGGCAACUUAUUAGACUUUCCUUUGCUGGAGAUUUUUGAAUGCCAACGGCUCCUGUCCUGAAGCUCUUUAAAAGGAAGUGUGCACUCUGAAUUCUUUACGGUUUGGGAACUCCUUGUGGAAGAGGGCAAGGGUUUGGGAAAUCGUUUGUGGCUUUGAUUCACUGAGGAAUAGGUUCAGUUAAUCAAAGGUGUAAGUGAAUUCCUGCGAGAAUUCGGUCCUAGUCUCCAUAGCUUUUGAUUUUCACAUUCUGUCUGUACUCGAGUCUUCUUCUUUCCCUUCCUUUCUAAAAACCAGAAAAUCAAAAGUGUCUCUCGGAAUAGUGUCUACUAUUCCGGGACGAGGAGUAGCCCUGUGGUGAACCUCGUAAAAAUCUCGCUGUGUAUUUCGUUUUCUGCUGUUUCCCUGCUUGCUCGAUUUCUGCUUCCUCUGUUCUUCUCUUCCCCUGUUUCUGUUCUUUCUGAAACCGAGAGGAAGAAGACUUGCUUUGGUCUUCUCAGCUUCUGGGCUCGGGCUUCGAUUGAGUCUUCGACCCAGUCGCUUGUGACCUGUUCGUUGGGCUUCUCUUCAGAGGUCCACCGAGUAUAAUCAUCUCAUAUCAAACGAAUUUGGUCAGUGUCGUUUUGAUAAGAGACUGAGGUUGACAAUUGGGGAGCUUGGUCAAAAUCCCUAAUCGGGUUUGCUCCUUUCAUUUCCCGAUCGACUUCUCUUCUACCUCUCUACAAGUGGUAUCAGAGCUCCUGGCUCUUGAGAGAGCUAAUUACUGCCAAGAGAAGAUCCAGUCAAAUAUGGCAUCAGGAAAUUUUGGGCAUGCCUCCUAUAAUCACCCGCCGAUAUUCACUGGCUCCAACUACACCGCGUGGAAGAAGCGAAUGAAGACUUUCCUCUGGGGCGUUGAUGAAGAUCUAUGGACUGUCGUUCGCGGUUGUCCUAUGCCCAUGGAGGAUGCCGAGCAAAACUUGUGGUCUGUUGCUCAGAAGAAGAACGCUCAACUGAAUCAGAGAGCGAUGCACAUCCUACAGUCAGCCAUGGUACCUGAUGAAGCUGAUAAGGUGGAGCACUGUGAGUCGGCCCAGCAAAUCUGGCUAUCGCUUGAAAGUACAUAUGAAGGGUCGUCAAACAUCAAGGAAACCAGAAUCGAUCUUCUGGUGCACGAAUACGAAUGCUUCGACAUGGGUCCAGGUGAGAGUAUUCAUGAAAUGUACUAUAGAUUCACUGUUCUUAUUGACAAGCUUAAAGGUCUAGGGAAGGUCUAUCUUUUGAAAGACUUAAACAGAAAAAUUUUAAGGUCCUUACCUAAAGAAUGGCUUCCUAAACGAACUGCUAUUGAAGAAGCCAGAAAUCUAAAUACCUUACCUAUCGAUGAGUUAAUUGGGUCACUUCUUAGUCAUGAACAUGUUUUAAAACAAGUUAACAAGGAUGAUGAAAAACGUAAGAAGACUCUAGCCUUUAAAUCUCAGAUAACUGAAUAUGAAUCGGACAGUGAGCUAGGUGAGGAAUUCUGUAGAGAAUUUGCUUUAAUAAGCAACAAGUUUCACAGAAUGCUGAAAUAUAAGCAAGAUCAUAAACAAAAAUCUCUUGAUCGAAAUGCAUCUUUUCGAACUAACUCUUUUGACAAAGUCAAAAGUUCCUUUCAAGAUAGGCUGCGCAACCCGCAGACCAGACAUGUUGAUGCAGGAUCUCAUGAAAAGGAAGCUCAGGAUUGCUACAAAUGUGGCAAACCUGGGCACAUUCGAGCAAACUGCCCACUAACUCUGAGGGCAAAAGAAAAGGCCAUGAAAGCAACCUGGAGCGACUAUGAGUCAGAAGGAGAGGAAGAAUCCGAAGAUGAAAAAGCGUUUAUGGCCUCUAUGAAGAAUGAAUUGUACUCUACAACAAGUAAGGACCUACCUGACUCACCUGAUGAUACCAAGUGGUACCUCGACAGUGGAUGCUCGCAUCACAUGUCAGGUAAGAAUCACCUAUUCACUUCUCUAAAUAUGAAACGUGGUGGUAAAGUCACUUUUGGUGAUGAUAGUCAAGGUGAGAUUAUAGGAUCAGGAAGUGUAUGAAAAAGUCCAUAUCCUGUCAUAAGAAAUGUGUUACUAGUGAAUGGUUUAAAACACAACCUGCUAUAAAAAGUCAAUUAUGCAGUAAUGGAAAUCGAGUUGUGUUUGAAAAUGAGAGAUGCUCAGUUGAACAAACUAAGGAUAACAAAGUUGUGUUUAUAGGAAAAAGAAUCAACAAUAUGUAUAUUGUUGAUCUUACUGAUCUUAGUCAGUUUAAUGCUAAAUGUCUUCAAGUGUCCUCAACUUCCUCUGAAUAUCUGUGGCACAAGAAGCUGGGGCAUGUUAGUCUGCCUAAGCUAGCUGUUUUAUCCAGGUUAAGUCUAGCCAGAGGCAUUCCUAGACUUAAGGACAAGGCAGAAUUUUUUUGUAAUGCCUGUGCUGCUGGAAAACUAAGAAGAAAAAGUUUUAAAUCAAAACCUGACAUUACAACCUCAAAAACAUUUGAACUAAUACACAUGGACCUAUUUGGCCCUUGUAAUGUCACCAGUCUAGGAGGGAAAAACUAUGUUUUUGUUCUAGUAGAUGAUUACUCUAGGUUUUCCUGGGUCUAUUUUCUGGCUCACAAAGAUGAGACGUUUGAAAAAUUUCACCAUUUUGUCUCUAUUAACAAAGAAAACAUAAAAAACAUUCGUAGUGAUAAUGGAGGAGAACUCAUUUCUGAUGACUUUGCUGAAUUCUGUGACCAAUCUGGAAUAAGUCAUUCCUUCUCUGCUCCUCGUACCCCUUAACAAAAUGGGGUUGUUGAACGCAAAAAUAGGACAUUAAUCGAAUGUGCUAGAACCAUGCUCCUGGAUUAUAAUCUUCCUAAAUUCUUCUGGGCUGAAUAUGUAAACACAGCUUGUUAUGUUAUUAAUCGAGUAAUUGUUCGAAAGCAAUUAAACAAGACACCCUACGAGAUUCUAAAAGGGAAAACUCCUAAAAUCUCCUAUUUUCAUCCCUUUGGAUGUCCUUGCUAUACUCUUAAUACUCGAGACACUCUAGGUAAAUUCGAUGCUAAGUCUGAUCCUGCUACCUUUCUUGGUUACUCUACCAAAGGUCAGGCCUACAGAGUGUUUAACAAAAGAACUAGAAAAGUGGAGGAAUCAGUACACGUUGUUUUCAAUGAAACUGAUUCUGAAACUUCUCCCACAAUCAUGUCAUAUGAUUUAAGUGAGCUCACAACCUCCUGUCAAUUUCCUCUUAGUACACAGGAUGAUGCAGUGAAAGAUUCAGAAGAAUUACAGCCUUCCAAUAAGGAAUCAGAAGCCACAAUUGAAGCUCCCAAAGCCCCUCCUCACAUCCAGAAGCGCCACCCUGAGAGUCAAGUAAUAGGAAACAUCAAUGACAAACUGCAAACAAGAGGUAAGUAUACUCCAGGCCAAUAUGCAUUUGUUUCUCAAAUUGAACCUAAAAACUAUAAAGAAGCUCUAGAUGAUGAUGAAUGGAAUAUGGCUAUGGUAGAAGAAUUAACCCAGUUUGAACAUCUUCGUGUCUGGGAUCUUGUUCCUAGACCCCCAAAUGUGAUUGUUAUAGGAACUAAGUGGGUUUUCCGUAACAAAUCUGACGAAAUGGGUUUCAUUAUUCGAAACAAAGCUAGACUUGUAGCCCAGGGGUACCUUCAAGAAGAAGGCAUCGAUUAUGAUGAAACAUUCGCCCCUGUAGCUAGACUAGAAUCAAUAAGACUGUUGUGU